UCGAAAAUGAUAGGCUCUUCAAAAAGAGCAGCGUUGCAUCCUCGUAGGCUACGGCAUAGUAGUAAAGAUCGCGUUUAGGAUUUAGACGAAUGCUCUCAAUCGCUUGUUGUGUUUUGAUAUUGUGUAUUAUAAGCAUGAUUAUAUGAAAUAUAUAAAUGGAAUCAUUUGCUUAAAGUAGCAGAGUUCGAAGCUUUGUAUGUAUCGUUUCUUACAGAGCUCGGUUCUGUGAGCAAGAAUUAUUGUUUUACUUGUUGUGACCUCAUUUUUAAUCUCCACCCUUAAUAGGAAUUCUGCUGAUGAAGACUUAUACCGCAACUUCAUAAGUUUGAAAGCACGAUGUGUGUUAUCCUAUACAGCAAAUCAUACUGCAAAGCAAUCAUGCAUUCCGAAAAAAUUGAAUAUUCCACUAAGAUCUCUAUCCGGUUCAGUGCAUAACCUGUGGAUUUUGGUAGAUGGAAAUGUUUUGCAAUAGUUGAUAAGAAAAAACAGAUUUUGUUUGUAGAUACAGUGAUCUCAUCUGCAUAACUUUGAAAUUUGACAUUUUUUACUUCAAAAACAUGGGUUUUGCUACAGAGCUUCAAGGAAAAUCUUCUCAUGAGGCAUUAAUGUCCUUGCAAGAUGCUGAGUUACGACUUCUUGAAAACAUGAAACGAUGUAUGUCCUUAAGAGUGAAAUGUGAUAGAGAAUAUGCUAUUGCCCUGAAUUCUGUGUGUAUUCAAACUUUAAAAAUUGAUCAGACUGAACUUAAAGGUAGCAUGGUUGCUCGGGCAUGGAGUGUGGUUGCGGAAGAAACAGAAGCAAUUGGGCGACUUGUGAAGCAAAAUGCUGAUUACCUUGCGUCUCACACAAUAGAUGAAAUGAAUUGUUUGAUUUCAGAAAAGAGAGCUUUGCGAAAACUUUAUACUGAUGAACAUAAUCGAAUACAUGGAGAACUAUUGCGGCUUCAAGAUGCAGUUAAUAAAACCAGAAACCUUUAUGAAAAAUAUUUGGAAUUAUGGAGAGUUUCAAAAGCCAAAUAUGAAGAUAUCUUUGUGAAAGGAAAAGCUGGUAAGAAACUAGAAGAAGCAAAAGAUCGAUAUGUAAAAGUCACAAAUAAGCUACACAAAUUGCACAAUGAAUAUGUUAUAUUAGUAUAUGAAGGUAAAGAAUAUGAAAAAAACUUAAGGAAUAUUCUUCUGCCAUCACUCUUAGAAUAUCAUCAGACAGUUCUUCAAGAAACAGUUGAUAGGUGGAAAACGUUAAUGCUGCAGUUUGCUACAUAUACAGAUUUUUCAAAUGACACAUUCAGAUCUCUAAAUAUCAAAAUUAAAAAAAGUGUGGAAUCUGUUGCUGGCGAGGAUGAAUAUAAGGAUUUUACUGAUAAACACAGAUCUAGUCCUCCUCAUCCAGUUGAUUUCAAAUUCGAUGAAACUCUUCUGUAUGAUUACAAUGGAUCCUUGAAAGCAAAUCAGUUAGCCUUGGAUGAAAUGACUUAUGAUGCCUUGAAAGAAAAGCUAAAUGAUGUAAAAGAAAAACUAACACAGUGCCAAAAUUUAAUAAAAGAGAAAGAACUAGAAAUUGGUCAGUGUGAAAAUGAAUUAAACUCUUUGCGUAAGACAGCUGAUACUGAAAAUACAAUUCAAGCAAAGAGGCGUGCCAUUGGAAUUCUCAAAAAGGAAUUAAAUGAAGUUAAAUGUCAAGAGCAACGUCAUCUAGAAUUAUUUAAUCUUAUAUCUAGUUGGAUUAGUAAUGCAGAAUCCAAAGGAAUAUCUCCUGGCUUGGAAUUUCCAGAUGCAAUUUCUGCAGAUAAUAAAGAUGAAGAUGCUUCAAGUUUAAAUGCCAUUGGUCGGAGAUCUGCUCGGAUGAUAAUUUCUAAGUUACGGCAACCAUUUCAUGCUUUUCAGAAAAAAUCAAAUAGCAAUUUUGAUGACUCAUUUACAUCUCAAGGGGUUAAUCAGAGUUAUUCACUAACUAAUCCUGGACACGAUAAUACUCUUCUAAAUCCUUCCUAUACAAGCUUGCAAGAUGAAGAUUGGUUUCAUGGUGUUUUACCACGUGAAGAAGUUGUUCGAUUGCUGAUAAAUGAGGGAGACUAUCUGGUUCGGGAAACUUAUCGAAACGAAAGCAAACAGAUUGUACUCUCAGUGUGCUGGGAAGGCCAUAAGCACUUCAUUAUUCAAACAACUACUUAUGGGAAGUUUAGGUUUGAAGGACCUGCUUUUCCAUCUGUUCAGGAAUUAAUAUUGUACCAAUUUCAUUCAUCACAGCCAGUUACUAUUCGUUCUGGAGCUAUUUUGAAAACCCCAAUUCCGCGUGAACGCUGGGAGCUAAACAAUGAUGAUGUUGAACUUGUAGAAAAAAUUGGGCGAGGAAAUUUUGGUGAUGUAUACAGGGCCAUACUACGAACAAAUGGAACUGAAGUUGCAGUUAAAACAUGCCGUAUGAACUUACCUGAGGAGCAAAAGAAACGUUUUCUUCAAGAAGGACGUAUCUUAAAACAGUAUGACCAUCCAAAUAUUGUAAAACUCAUUGGAAUUUGUGUGCAAAAGCAACCAAUCAUGAUUGUCAUGGAGCUUGUUCCAGGUGGCUCCUUGUUGAAUUACUUAAGAAAACAAAAACUUGUUUUGAAGAUCACAGACUUGAUAACUAUGUGUUUGGAGGCAGCUAGAGGAAUGGAAUAUUUAGAAAGCAAAAACUGCAUUCACAGGGAUUUAGCAGCUAGAAACUGCUUAGUAGGACACAAAAACAUAGUUAAAAUAUCUGAUUUUGGAAUGUCUCGUGAAGAAGAGGAAUAUACUGUCUCUGAUGGAAUGAAACAGAUUCCUAUUAAAUGGACAGCUCCAGAAGCUUUGAAUUAUGGUAGAUAUACCAGUUUGUGUGAUGUGUGGAGUUAUGGUGUUCUAAUGUGGGAAAUAUUUUCUCUUGGGAAUACCCCAUAUUCAGGAUGGUCAAAUAGCAAAGCAAGAGAGAUGAUUGACUCUGGGUAUCGUCUAGAAUCACCACCCAAUACACCUGAGUAUAUAUAUGAACUGAUGAUAAGAACAUGGGAUUAUAAUCCAGACAGAAGGCCCCACUUUAGUGAGAUAAAGGAAACACUUGAAAGUAUUGCCUCAAGUUUUGUGUGAUGUUCAACGAUCAUUUCAGCAUAUGAAAUUCCGAAUAGGAUAUGUGAAGUGAAAAUUUUGCUUAUGUUUUAUGCCAUCCAUGGUUUAUUGCAUAUCUAAGAGUUGUGAUUUUAUAUAGCGCAAUAUUGUUAAAUAUUAGUCUAUUUUCAGACUAUUUUUAUUGUUGAUAUUUCUGGUAUGUUAUAUUUUAUUUACAAAAUAGCAUGUUUUUUAUCUGCAUAGAUCCUAUUUGCUGCAUUUACAUUAUAGCAUACUUGUCAUCAAACAUGUUCAUCUAAUGCAUUACAUUUGUUUAUUAAUGUGUGAUGGAUCUUAAAUAUGAGCUAUUUGAAUGUGAUCUAUAAAAUAGAAAUUUCCAUACUUUUAAUUUCCAUUAAUUUAAAUAAUAUUUAACUGGUUUUAGUUGAAAAUUUUGAACAUUUAACUACCAACCACACAAGGCCAUUUUUCCUUAAUUACACAGCACACACAUAUCACUGCACAAGAAGGAGCAAGACAAGGUAGCUGCUCAUUUCUAAAUUUUGGCUCUCUGGAAAAAAAAUUGAAAAAUAUUCAAGAGGAAGAGUUAAAGUGAA